AUGGAAAUCAAUAGUGGAGAGGAGAUUGAGCUGUCAUUGGCUAACGCAGCAAACACAGUGGCCAUAGCUAGGGAGACUAGUGUAGAGAUUGACAUUGAGGAGGACCGUUCAUGGUCACCAAAAAAUGGCCCACUUCCUAUUUUUGUCAAGUUUGAGGAUGUGGAGUAUAAAGUCAAAGUCAUUCCAAAGAAUCCAAUAAAAGCUGCAAUGGUGAGUACAAUUUCUAAGUUGAGGAUGGAACAAGGGAGGAGUCACAAGCAAAUCUUAAAGGGCAUAACAGGAAGUGUGGGUCCUGGUGAGAUCUUAGCCCUAAUGGGGCCCUCUGGAAGUGGCAAGACAACCCUGUUGAAGAUACUUGGUGGGAGACUUGGUGGUGACAUCAAAGGGCACAUUAGUUACAAUGAUACACCUUACACUCCCUCCCUUAAAAGGAGGAUUGGAUUUGUGACCCAGGAUGAUGUUCUCUUUCCUCAACUGACAGUGGAGGAGACCCUUGUCUUUGCAGCAUUGCUAAGGCUUCCCACCAAUAUGCCUAAACAGCAAAAACUUUCAAGAGUUGAUACUAUUAUAAAGGAUCUAAAUCUAGAAAGAUGUCGGCAAACCAAAGUAGGUGGGGGAUUUGUAAAGGGCAUAUCAGGAGGGGAGAGAAAAAGAACAAGCAUAGGUUACGAAAUCCUCGUAGACCCAUCAUUGCUGUUGCUUGAUGAGCCCACAUCUGGCUUAGACUCUACUUGUGCAAGCAAGCUCUUGAUGAUUCUUCAAGGCCUUGCAAAGACCGGAAGAACGAUUGCUGUCACGAUUCACCAGCCAUCGAGCAGAAUGUUCUACAUGUUUGACAAACUCCUACUUAUCUCAGAAGGCCUUCCUAUUUACCAUGGAAAGGUUAGGGAGUCCAUGCAGUACUUCUCAACUUUAGGAUUUGUUCCUGAGAUAGCAAUGAGCCCUGCUGAGUUUUUGCUGGAUUUGGCAUCUGGGCAUGUCGAAGAUAUUAACAUUCCUGCAACUCUGAGAGGAUCUCCAAAUCCAGAAGAAUUUGGGAUGCAAUUUCUUCAGUGGAAGUACAAGAGUGAGAUUGAACCUAAAAAUAAAGAAGUGAAUAAUCAAGCAAGUAAAGCACCUGGAGAUCUCAGAUUAGCAAUUCAGAUAAAAAAGGAUUGGACUAUGAAUUGGAUUGAGCAAUUUGUUAUACUGUCAAAGCGAACAUUUAGAGAGAGAAGCAGGGACUACCUCGACAAGUUGAGGCUUGCUCAGGCAGUUGGUGUGGCAAUUCUACUAGGCCUUCUUUGGUGGAAAUCUAAAAUAGGAACUGAGGCUCAGCUAAGGGAUCAGAUUGGCUUGAUCUUCUAUAUUUGUAUAUUCUGGACAUCAUCUUCAUUAUUCGGAGCCGCUUAUGUGUUCCCGUUCGAGAAGCUGUAUUUGGUUAAAGAAAGGAAAGUUGAUAUGUACCGACUUAGCGUAUAUUAUGCAAGUAGUACUCUGUGUGACAUGGUAGCGCACAUAUUCUAUCCAAUCAUCUUCAUGCUCAUUCUGUAUUUCAUGGCGGAUUUGAGAAGAACAGUGCCUUGCUUUUUCUUAACGGUGUUUGCAGUUCUGUUGAUUGUCAUCACAAGUCAGGGUACAGGGGAGCUACUUGGAGCAGCAAUUCUGAGUGUAAAAAAAGCUGGUUUUAUGGCAUCUUUGGUGCUCAUGUUAUUUCUCCUCACAGGAGGAUACUAUGUUCAGCACAUACCAAAAUUCAUGCGAUGGAUGAAGUACAUUUCUUUUAUGCAUUAUGGAUUUCGACUUCUGUUGAAGGUGCAGUACUCUGGAAAUCUCAUGUAUAAUUGCCAAAGUAAAGGUGGCUGCCAAAGUUUGCAAUCUUCUCCGUCAUUUGAUACAAUAGGCUUGGAUAGCGGGUUGCAAGAAGUUUUUAUUCUAUUAGCCAUGACUUUAGCCUAUAGACUUCUGGCUUAUUUCUGUCUUCUUAAAAGAAUUAGUGCUUCAUCUUUUUAAACGUUUAGCCUUACUUAUACUCCUUAAA